AUGAGAAGUAGAACUAGAGCUGAUAAUUUUCUCUUUGAUCCUGAAAUUGAAAGAACGGCUCGAAGAAACAAUAGUAGAAGAAGAAGGCAAAGCAGGGAAGCUAGAGAAGCAACUGUUAUUUCUGAUCCAACUCUCAUUUCUUCAUCUGAUCAAGAAGAGGAAAACAUGGCAAAAAAUCCGCAUGAUGAUGCUAGAGGUGAAAGAAGACGCACGUUGGAAGAUUAUGCUGCAUUCACAGGGACCAUUAAUUUCAACAGUAUUGCUCGACCAACGGUGAAUGCUACAAAUAUGGAGAUGAAGCCAGCUCUAAUCCACUUGGUGCAAAGUAAUCAGUUUAAUGGAUUGGCUAAUGAGAAUCCAUACACGCAUCUGGCCACCUUCUUAGAGAUAUGUAAUACAGUAAAAAUCCAUCAAGUGCCUGAUGAAGCCAUUCGCUUGAGUUUAUUCCCUUUCUCAUUGGCGGGAAAUGCCAAGGUUUGGCUAAAUUCUUUCCCCGAAAACAGUCUCACUAGCUGGGAGGAUGUGGUUUCCAAAUUCUUGAGCAAGUAUUUCCCUCAAUCCAAGAUUAACAAAGGCAAACAAGAAAUCUCUGCUUUCCAGCAAGACGUGGAUGAGUCCUUGGGGCAAGCAUGGGACAGGUUCAAGGGAUUGCUCAGAAAAACUCCCAUUCAUGGGUUUGAUGAGCCCACACAACUUACACUUUUCUUGGCAGGGCUGAAAUCUCACUCAAAGUUAAUGUUGGAUGCAUCAGCGGGAGGAAGUAUUAAGUGGAAGACACCUACUGAAGCACGAGAGUUGAUUGAAAAUAUGGCCUCCAAUGACAAUGAAGUGCACAAUGAGAGAGCUCAAUCUCAACAGAAGGGUGUUCUACAACUUCAGUCUCAUGACGCUCUACUAGCACAGAACAAAAUCAUGACACAACAGCUUGAAGCUCUCAUGAAGAAGCUCUCUCAACUUCCGCAAGAUCUCCGAAAUGUUUCUCAAGCUCAACACCAACAACAGUUGCAAAAUUGUGAGUUGUGUGGUGGGGAUCAUACCAAUGGGCAGUGUGCCAUGCAAAACACAUCUCAAGAAGAGGUUAAUUACAUGGGGAAUACAAGUCGCCAAGGUAAUUACAACCAAGGUUGGAGGUCUCACCCAAACAUGGGACAAGCAGGACCCUCAAAUAGACCACCACCUCAACAAUUUCAGCAACAUCCCUCUUUGGCAGAUAGAACUUCAAAGAUUGAGGACAUACUCAAUCAAUUCAUGCAAGUGUCAAUAUCCAACCACAAGAGCACCGAAGCUGCUAUCCGUAACUUGGAGGUGCAAAUGGGGCAAAUAGCUAAGAGGAUGGAGGAGAAAUCCGAUACAAAUUUUGCGGCUAACACUGAAGUUAACCCAAAAGAGCAUGUUAAAGCUAUUACUACAAGGAGUGGAAAGGUGUUAGAAGAGAGAAAAGCAAAUAGAGAUGAUGAAAAAAGAGAAGAGAGUGGAGAGUUACAUGAGAGAAAAGAAGAAAGCAUUGAAGAAGAUGAUGAGAAUGUUGAAGGAGGACAUAAAGAAAUGGGUGAGAGAGAGAAGAAUAAAGGAAAAAGUGUUGAAAAGCCCCUACCUUACCCUAAAAUCCAUUCUAGAAAAGAGAAGGAGAAGCAAUUUGGGCGAUUUUUAGACAUAUUCAAGAGGCUUGAGAUUAAUAUCCCCUUCUCUGAGGCCCUCCAACAAAUGCCUUCAUAUGCUCGAUUCAUGAAGGAGUUGCUCACAAAGAAAAGAAAGUACAUUGAAGAAGAGACCAUCGAAGUCCAAGGAAAUUGUAGUGCCAUCAUCUAA